AGACUGUCAGUUGUUUUGUUAACGGCGCGGCGUGGCUUUGCGACCGGUCAUGUAUGCCACGGCGAGAGUCGGCUGUUUUUACAUUUGACUAUGGAUUAGGACAUCGAUAUAUUUUUUUUGUUUUUAGUUAUUUCACAUGCCAGUUUUAUGAGCCAGUUUUAGAAAUAGUUUUUAUCUAAUUGUUCACUUUUUUUGGAUUAUAAUCGCUCCGUUUUGAAGAUUUCUCUCUUUGAACUAUUUCAACAAGUUUUUCGAUCAUUUAAUAUUUAGUUUACAUAUUAGAAGUUUACUUGAUUUAAAAAGAGAUAAAUGGUAUAAUCUAUUUGUGUUAAUGUUGUGAUGAGAUAAAACACGAUCGAAAGAUUUGAAAAUAGUCACACGUGGACUCUUGUUUUCUUUUUGAUAAGAAGAAGACAGAGAUAUUUUCAUGGUUUUCAUGGACGAAUGUCGCUCGGACCUCAACAGGUACAUAGGGGCUCCGAGACCGGGAGUACCUUUGUCACCAACAGCUCCAGAGGCUGAAGGACCUCCAGUCCAAAUGGAACCUGUAGAUCUUAGUAUCAAAACUCCUGUCGUUCUACAAGUUCCUAAAUUUCCGAAGAGAUUAAAAAACCCGGCACCUUCCACUAAAAUACAACAACCACCUGAUAUUCCAAAUGUGAUACAUCAACAAGAUAUCAGAUUAAGUUUGACAGAUCCUCGAUCUCUCACAUCAACUGCAGCCCUUUUAGCUUUCCAAAGGAUAAAAGAUGCUUCAUUAUCGAUUACUAGGAGUUCACUGCUGGAAUCUCCUAGCAAAUCAAGUACGACACCCAACAAUAAGGAAUACGAAGAUAUAAAAACGCCAGAUGUGACGAUUAGAAGAAGAAAAAUACACCGAUGCGACGUUGCCGGUUGUCACAAAGUAUACACGAAAAGCUCGCACCUUAAGGCACAUAAAAGAACACAUACAGGAGAAAAACCGUACCAAUGUUCAUGGGAAGGUUGUACAUGGAAAUUCGCUAGAUCCGACGAACUUACAAGGCACUAUAGAAAACACACCGGACAAAAACCUUUCAGCUGCAAUUUGUGUCAGCGAUCUUUCAGCAGGUCUGAUCAUCUUUCACUACAUAUGAAAAGACACUAGAAAAAUUGCAUUUAAUACUUUUUUUUAGAGUAAUCUUAGCUAAAUUGUUCUAUUAAUAUUUAUUUUAAUAUCGCCAAUUAGAUCUUCUUUCUUCAUUCAUCAUUUUAUAGUAAAAAGUAUUUCAUCGAUGCAACAACCUACACUGUACGUAUGUCUUAUACAGGGUGUCCCACGACGAGUUAAAACUAUCUGUAUAUGGCAAAAUACUUGUAGUAGAAUCAUGAAACUUUCCACGUUUGGUGUUUAACUAAAAUAUUUUCAUAGAUGGCCGACUUGCGGUUCUAAAUAUAACACUCUGUAUAUUAAUACUUUGAAAUCUACGUAAAAUUUUAGUAUACUUCAGUCUAAAAACUUUUUUCGCAAAAUGCAUACUUUUCGAGUUAUUAAUUUUUUUGUAAAAAAUUUUACCGUUGCAUACCCUUAUAAAUUAUUUUUUUACGAAGAUACCCUUAAAGAUAUGAAAAUUAUUUCUAUUGGGUUGCUUUUAGCAAGGUCAGACGUGUUUGAAUCUAUGUUGAAACAUUUUUCACUCUCUACAGGAUGGGUAUAAAAAGUGUUCAAAGUUUAACUUCAUAAAUAUCAAAUUUCUUUAUUUUUUUAAAUAGAAUUUUAAUGCUUUCAGGGUAAUAGUAAAAAAUAAGGCAAAUUCCUAUACCUAAACCCUACCGUCAUCCAGAUUUAAAUGUCUUCUGUUUAAAUUUAAACUUUUAAACUGUUAAACUUUGAACACUUUUUAUACACACCCUGUAUAAAAUGAAAAAUUUUUCAACAUAGAUUCAAAUACGUCAGACCAUGCUAAAAGCAACCGAAUAGGAACCAUUUUCAUAUUUUUAAGGGUAUCGUCGUAAAAAAAUAAUUUAUAAGGGUCAAAUUUAUUACAAAAAAAUUAAUAACUCAAAAAGUAUGCAUUUUUCGAAAAAAGUUUUUAGACAAAUAUGUACUAAAAUUUUACGUAGAUUUCAAAAAUGUAUUAAUAUACAGGCUGUUCUAUCUAAAAUAAAAAAGUUACAGUCGACUUCCGGUUCUACCGGAAGUCGGCCAUCUUUGAAAAUAUUUUAGUUAAAAAGAUUGUAUCCGAAAAUCCAAACGUAGAAAUUAUCAUGAUUUUACUAUAAGUAUUUUGCCAUAUAUACAGAUAGUUUUCACUCGUCGUGGGACACCCUGUAUAUCCGCAAUUUCAAUGGAAAAGCAACUUCUGUAAAAGAAAUUAAAUAACAAAUAAUUGAUAUUAAACAUACUCCUCGCAUAAGAACCGACACAAAGCAUAGCAAUUUACCUCCGUUCAAAGUUGUAUCCCUAAGGAAUUAUAGAGCCUCAAAGUGGAUCAAAAUAUUUCGAAAAAAAUCAAUAUCCUUGCAACUUUUAACGAAAAAAUUAUUCGAUCGCUUUCUACUUAACGUAAACCUUGGCACAUUUAUAAAAUACGUUAUAAACUCAAUUUAAAUCAGUACCAUGUCCAUGUUACCCCAAAUUUAGAUAAAAUAAGUAAAAUUACAACUAGCGAAUACAAAAAAAGAUAUUUUUUGGGAAUAAAACACAAAAUUGAGUGAAAUAUUAAUUUAUAAUAGUGAAAAAACUCUAUAAACUAAAUAAAGAUUUCUUUAAAACAGUGAAGAAAGAACACUAAGCCUAAACUUUAAAAGAAACCUUAACAUCAUUCGGAUCUGAGUCUUUAUCUGCACCAAAUCAUCAAACAUUUCAUAUUGAUCACUAUCCGAAUCUUCACGUCGCUCGAACGUAAAGUAGGGAUUUUUGCUGUCGUGAUUACAGAACCCGCAAAUCCAUUAUCGACAUUUUCUAUUAAAUUUAUCUAAUCUAUCGGACUCUUCCAAUUUUUCCAAUUAAUGUGACGAAUUCCGCAUUUGGAACUAUCUUUGUUCCUCUUUGGUCUUGUGCAAUUUUUUACUGGCAACACGAUAUUUACCUUUUUUUGAGCAGAUAAACUUAAUGAUGACAUCGACAUAUUUGUCGAUGUCAUCAGAGUUUCCUAUGAAAGGAAUUAAUGAAUGUCUUGGUACAAAAGUUGGGGAAUCUCUUGGUUUAGGAGUUUCCCAAACUCCUACAAAUACGUCAAUGUCAACAGAGUCUUCUAUGAAAGGAAUUAAUGAUUGUUUUCGUACAAAAGUUGGGGAAUCUCUUGGUUUAGGAGUUUCCCAAACUCCUACAAAUACGUCGAUGUCAACAGAGUCUUCUAUGAAAGGAAUUAAUGAAUGUUUUGGUACAAAAGUUGGGGAAUCUCUUGGUUUAGGAGUUUCCCAAACUCCGACAAAUAUGUCGAUGUCAUCAGAGUCUUCUAUGAAAGGAAUUAAUGAUUGUUUUCGUACAAAAGUUGGGGAAUCUCUUGGUUUAGGAGUUUCCCAAACUCCGACAAAUAUGUCGAUGUCAUCAGAGUCUUCUAUGAAAGGAAUUAAUGAAUGUUUUGGUACAAAAGUUGGGGAAUCUCUUGGUUUAGGAGUUUCCCAAACUCCGACAAAUACGUCGAUGUCAACAGAGUCUUCUAUGAAAGGAAUUAAUGAAUGUUUUCGUACAAAAGUUGGGGAAUCUCUUGGUUUAGGAGUUUCCCAAACUCCUACAAAUACGUCGAUGUCAACAGAGUCUUCUAUGAAAGGAAUUAAUGAAUGUUUUCGUACAAAAGUUGGGGAAUCUCUUGGUUUAGGAGUUUCCCAAACUCCUACAAAUACGUCGAUGUCAUCAGAGUCUUCUAUGAAAGGAAUUAAUGAAUGUUUUGGUACAAAAGUUGGGGAAUCUCUUGGUUUAGGAGUUUCCCAAACUCCGACAAAUACGUCGAUGUCAACAGAGUCUUCUAUGAAAGGAAUUAAUGAAUGUUUUCGUACAAAAGUUGGGGAAUCUCUUGGUUUAGGAGUUUCCCAAACUCCUACAAAUACGUCGAUGUCAACAGAGUCUUCUAUGAAAGGAAUUAAUGAUUGUUUUCGUACAAAAGUUGGGGAAUCUCUUGGUUUAGGAGUUUCCCAAACUCCGACAAAUAUGUCGAUGUCAUCAGAGUCUUCUAUGAAAGGAAUUAAUGAAUGUUUUGGUACAAAAGUUGGGGAAUCUCUUGGUUUAGGAGUUUCCCAAACUCCGACAAAUACGUCGAUGUCAACAGAGUCUUCUAUGAAAGGAAUUAAUGAAUGUUUUCGUACAAAAGUUGGGGAAUCUCUUGGUUUAGGAGUUUCCCAAACUCCGACAAAUAUGUCGAUGUCAUCAGAGUCUUCUAUGAAAGGAAUUAAUGAAUGUUUUGGUACAAAAGUUGGGGAAUCUCUUGGUUUAGGAGUUUCCCAAACUCCUACAAAUACGUCGAUGUCAACAGAGUCUUCUAUGAAAGGAAUUAAUGAAUGUUUUCGUACAAAAGUUGGGGAAUCUCUUUGGUUUAGGAGUUUCCCAAACUCUGACUUCGGGAGCUGAUAUAUCUGCUGCUAAAUGUUUACCUGGGUGAAUUUUUUACUUCUCUUCUUUCUGUUCCCUGAGAAGAUCGCUGAGAGAGAAAUCUAGCGUUCUGUCAAUAGCUUCGGUGUCUCUCGAAAAACUUGAGUAAGAUCGGAAAGGAUAUAAAUCAGUUGCUGUAAAACCCGAAUUUACCUGUAUUAGCAGACAUCGUUUUUCAUAAUUCGGUUUCCGGGAUACCGACUUUCGUUUCUCCAGGUGUCAAAAAUUUGUUUCUACUUUGCAUCAAGUGGGAGAAGGAGUCAUAUAUAUAUGAUUUUCCUUGGAGAACUGGAUUACAUUGAGAGAAAAAUGGCUUGCUAAGUUGUCUCCCACAACAGUUGUUGAACCUGGUGUCCGAGUUGAUAUGUGGAAACAUUCGAGUCAAACCAGCCGCUGGAGAUGUUGUCAUAUCUAGUUCCUGGAGGACCCCCUUCAGUUAUACAUAUUGAAGACUUUAUAAACGACCAUGGGAAGAAACAGAUCACACCUAUGAUUACCACAAACCGUAAUACUAAUAGCUGUAAGGUCUACAUCAAGUGCCUCUUGAAUAUUGGUAAAAAAUGUCAUUAUCCUUAUCUAUAGAAGCUCUAGAUCCCUCCAGGGAUGCUAUUUUUGAAUAUUAUAACAUUUUUUCCUUGUUUUUCAGUAUAUUUUUCUAUAAGCGUCCUUACAUCGUAUGUAGUUAAAGGGAAUCCCCAAUUGACAACAAUUCCGUAAUGGUGGCCUCUUCCUCGUCCGAUAGAACUCUUAAAUGCCCAACUGGGUUUAAUUUCUUCCGAAAAGCUUCCGCUAUAGAGUUGUCCGGGGAACUUUAAAUGACCCCGAGGUCAUCUCAUAUGUUUACAUCAUUUUAAGUGAAUUUUUACCUGCCAAAAAUAACUGGAGAAGAAAAAAAAUGCAGAAGUGCCCAAAUAUUUAAUGACGAAUGAAAGGGCUGCAAAAAAAUAAUUUUUUUUCGAAAUUUUGGGCCCUCGGGGAUGAAACCUUCUAUAGUGGUAAAAAUCGUCAUAUUUCGGGAUUAGCUUUGUAUCGAUUCUUAUGCGGGAUACCCCCUGUAUAUUAGAGAAACUUUGUAAUGAAUUCAAACGAUAAAAAAAAACAAAUUAACCAUACUUUUACAAGCAAACAAUCAGAAGAAGCAGUAAUUCCAGUACUCUUUGGAUCGCAUGUUUACUACAAUUACGAACAGUAAACUAGUAGACUCCUCAAUAGAUUUAUUACAUCAAGGAGAUUUAUUGAAAAUUAAUACUUGAGUAGUAAAUCUAUUACGAGUUUCGAAUUCUUCAGUAACUGAUAAACACAGUAUACGAGGAGAACGCUUGACAUACAAAAAACCACAAGUCGUAGAAAAAUUAUUUUAUUUAUUUUCGAAGUAAUCACCUACAUCAAUCUAAUCACUGUUAGAACCGAAGCUUCCACAACAUGAAAAGUCUCGAAAAAUUGAUGUUUUAUAUAACUUUGUUCGCGUGUCUGACGCCGAACCGACCGCAUGCGUACUUCCAAAAUUUUACAUCGUUGACAUCUCUUCCCGCGAAGUGCGCAUGCGAUCGAUCCCUAAACUGAUUCGGAACCAGACAAGCGAACGAAUUUUUGUUUAUUCUAAAGCAUCCUUCGUAAAACGUAAAUGGUGUAAGAUCCCACUGCUCGAUUCUACAGCUAUUUGUUUAUUUUAUUUUAUGAAAUUGAUUUUAAAUGAGUUUUGAGUGAAUUCAUGGUGGAUUACGGUAUUUUGAAAAUUUUCAAUACAAAUUAAAUUGUAUAUUUCCUGUUUGCCAUAGUACAAGGUUGCCAUUUAAAAAAUGGUCGCGAUCAGAGAUUGCCAUGUUGCAACGUUUAUCGCUACAAGUAAGUGUGAACAGAAAAGAAAA